AUGGAAAAUUUUACCGGUGCAAGUGGUUGUGGAAAAUCAACAAUUAUACAACUCAUUGAAAGAUUUUACGAUGUUACUCAUGGAAAAUUGCUUGUUCAUGACAAAGAUAUAAAAGAACUACAUCUACAAUGGUAUCGUUCUCAAAUGGGUAUUGUUAAUCAAGAACCAAUACUGUUUGAUCUAUCAAUAAGAGAAAAUAUUGCCUACGGUGACCAUUCUCGAUACGUUCCGAUAAAUGAGAUAAUAGAAGCAGCAGAAAAAGCUAAUAUUCAUAAAUUUAUUCAAACACUUCCUCAAGGUUAUGAAACAAACGUCGGUAGUAAUGGAACACAGUUAUCUGGUGGUGAAAAACAACGUAUAUGUAUAGCACGGGCAUUAGUUAAUAAUCCAAAGGUUUUGCUGUUUGAUGAACCAACAAGUAGUUUAGAUGCUGAAAACGAAAAACAAACCCUCGAGCAAAUACAAGGAAAUUGUACAAAAAUAAUAAUAACACAUCGUUUAUCAACACUACAAAAUGCUGAUUUAAUUUGUUUCCUACAACAUGGACGUAUUGUCGAAAGCGGAACCCACAAUGAAUUAUUAAACAAAGGUGGAUUUUAUUCAAAACUAUAUAGAAUACAUUCAAAUUGA